ACACAAGCAUCCGGAGGAAAACAACAACAACCGGAGCGAGCUCUGCCGCAGACGCGCGUACGUCCCGUUCCAGCGAUGAUUGCCUGAGCUCGUCUCAUGGAGAAGAAGUCCUGCAGUGUAUUCCUGCAGCCCGGUGCUCCGGUCAUGUCCUUCGUCCCGCCGGAGUGUUCCCAGCCCGUGUGCGAUUGGCUGAGUGGCCUCCGGCUCGACCAGUACUGCCCGGCCUUCCGGGAGGCGGGGCUGGGAAUGCUGUGGGAGUGUCAUGAUCUAAGCUCCGCCCAGCUGCAGCAGAUGGGCGUGGCUCUGCCCGGCCAUAGGAAGCGGAUCCUUGGCAGCCUGCGCAAGCUCCUCCCCUCGGCGGCGGGAACGGAGGAGGACGAGGAGCGAGAGGAGGACAGGCCCGUUGCCCGAGAGAGGACCAAAUUCAGAGCAUCGGAAAACAGUGUCGCAGGUAGACGCCCGCCUCCCGUCCCGCCUCGAGUCACGCCCAAUCGACCCCCCGUUCCCUUCACGCCCGGAUCGGUAACCAUGGCGACCGCUCCUGAGCCUAUCAGCCUCCCUGAACAAAAGGAAACGCCCACGCCUGCCGAACAAGCCAAGCCCAUCCCAACUCCCAGGCCACGCCCAGAACACCUGCCUCUUAAAGGGCCGGCGCAGCAACUCCAGACGAGUGAGAGGAAACCGUCUCCUGUGUCUCCCUCUUCCUCCUCCUCCUCCUCCUCCUCAUCAUCGGAGCGCUUCCACCUGUAUGAACAGUGUUCGUCUCCUGCUCAGGGAGAAGCGGGCGCUCCUCCUCUUCCUCCUAAGAGCUACGCCGUGGGCAUCUCUAAAGAGCCCAGAGACGGCCCGUACAGACCCCCUGUUCCACCACCUCGUGUCUCCAUCUGCUCCAGAACUACGAAUCCCAGAAGCACGUCAUCCGGAAGCCCGCCCACGUCUAGCGCUCCUGUAGAUGAUCCGUCAGACACGGAUCGAGUCCCAGACGUCCCGCCUCGGAUCAUCAGACCAGAGAGCCAAAGGAGAGACGUCCCAGCGCCGCCGAACACAAACAAGUUGGAUUCAGAUGAAAGUUCAGAUGAAUAUGACGAGCGCAAGCUCAGCAGAGACGCUAAACUCAUAGACAUGGCCAGCAAGAUGUCCUUGAUGGUUCCCAAGGCGACGAAACCCCGUUACAGCAGCCUGUGCAGCGACGACGAGCUACUAGACGAUGACGCCAUCUCUUACGAAUCUGUGUCCCUGAAACGGAGUUCAUGGAUCGAAGAUUUGGGUUCGAUCUCCGGCUCUCAGAGCAGCAUCUACCUGCCAAUCACAGGCCACGUCAGUGCUCCGCCCCCUCGGGAAGACCCCGCCUCCACCAGCGUCCCCGUGAUUAAAGUGGGCUGGCUGGACAAGAAUCCUCCUCAGGGGUCUCUGAUCUACCAGCGCCGCUGGGUCAAACUGGAUGCUGAAUACCUGAGAUACUUCGACACUGAGAAGGACGUCUACUCGAAGAGGAUCAUACCUACAGUGUCCAUCACCGGCGUGGUCAAUGUGGGAGAGCAGAAGUUUGAAGUGGUGACGCACAAUCGCACUUUCCUGUUCCGAGCCGAGAGCGACUUGGAGCGGAGCGAGUGGGUGACGGUGUUGAAGAGCUGUGUCGGAGCGUCUCACGCAAGCACCAGUCUGGACAUGACCUUUAACCCCUGCGUGAGCUACGAGAUGAAGGGUUACCUGGAGCUGCGCGGCCUGCGCUCUAAACUCUACACAGUGGUGUGUGUGGAUAAAGUCUUCCUCUACAAAAACACAGAGGAUUAUCGUCUGGGAAUCGGCAUCACCUCGAUUGAUAUGAAUGUUGGUAAUGUGAAGGAAGUGGAUCGGAGAGCGUUUGAUCUGACCACACCGUACCGCAUAUUCAGUUCUGCAUCACUGGUUUAUCUGCAGGACUAG